CACAGAUAUUCCCCAUCCAAAAUGCUGCAACCACGGAUAAUAACGCCAUUGCGACGCACGUUCCUUGAUGUCUCGUCGAUCUGCGUAAGGUGUCAGGGUCGACUUGCAAUAUCCUCAAUUGCAAGGCAACCAUCCACUCGACUAUUCACCUCGAUACAUACUCUGCGCCAGCAAGAAACAGCCCCCAAGCCCACCCCCGGCUCACCCGCUCCCGACCCCAAAGAUGAAGACAUAUUCAUCCCGAAGCCUCUCGGCCGCCCCAUCGGUUUCAGCAGACCUCCGCAACCGGGCGAAAACACUAGCAACCCCAAGACCAAAAAAGAUUACUCCGGCAUGAGUAUGUCGCAACGGAACCUCGAGAAGCGCAAAGACCUUGUGGAGAAGUGGGGCACGAACUACUUCCGUGACUUUAAGAAUAUCCGCAAGUACAGAUCAGGAAAGACAUUCAUGGCAAACCCGAGAAUCUUCAAGAAAGAUGCUGCGCUGUACUUUCCCAACUUUCACGGAGAUACACUGGAGGGAAAGGACAAGGACACUACAGACGUGCUCAACGGCAAGAUUAGUGUUGUGAAUGUGUUUAGUUCAGAUUGGGGAGUACGCCAGGUGGACACAUUCACAGGAAAGCAAACGAAUGCUGGGCUGCACGAUAUUCUUGCACAAAACCCGGGCGUUGCGCAGAUGGUGGAUAUCAAUAUCGAAGAGAACAGCAUGAAAGCAAUGAUCAUAUCUUUGUUCCAGUGGCGCUUGAAGGCCUCUAAAGCAAAGGAGGAUUGGGGAAAGUACUUUAUUGUAAAGAGAGGUGUUAGUGAGAGGACAAGGGAGACUAUCGGGUUAUUAAACGGCAGAGUCGGCUAUGUCUAUCUCGUAGACCAAGACUGCAAGAUUCGAUGGGCGGGUAGCGGGGACGCGGAAGGGACAGAGAUGGAGGACAUGAACCGGGGUUUUGCGAAGAUGGUCUCUGAAGCCCGAUAGUGCUUUCUGCAACGCCUAUAUUGGGGAGGUAUAAUGACGACAUGUAACGAUAUCUUGUACAGCAUACGGAAGACUCCAAUUCCCACGAUACCCGAAAUCUCUGGAAACAUAACUGUAAUCAUACAGGCCCAAGACGCCUUGCGCAUAGCAUGCUAAUGAAAGUCAUGAGGAUAUCCAGCCCGCUUGAACGCCCAAAAUGAAGAUGUGCAACUCCAGCCUACCUGAACCAUAGCAGCAUCAA